AUGGUAGAUAUGGAAGCGCACAAUGGCCUUGUCCACCCCCGCAAAAGGCGACGGAGGAGACGCCUCGACCGACCUGCGAUUUCGGCGCGACUCUUGCUUGACGACCGCAUAAAGGGUGAGGUUGGAAUCUUGUCCGAGGAUCUCUUCAACGACUUAUUCCCAAGUUCGGAAAGUACUGCAAACAGCAACUCGCAAGCCUCAGAUCCUAUCCGUCACGUCGCAAUCACGCCGUGGCUUCCGAAUACCAUCGUCGCCUCCCAAAGCGUUCCGUGGACUAUUCUCCCAGUGCGAUCUGCCGACAAGAGUGACACCUCGGCUGUCCGACCACACUCUUCUCUCCAAAUUCCCGCUUCUUCACUUGCGUUGCAGUCCUUCUCGCAAAUUCUCCACAGCCUCGCACCGAACAGGACGCAGAGACGCGAUACCCCAAUCGAGGUGCGCAUAUACGAUGUUGUGCCCGUGGCUCUAGAUACCGUUUACGUGAAUCUGGAUACGGAAGCGCUGCGGAAGCUGGACGAGGUGCAUGCCAAGUUUGGUGGAGGCUUCAUUGCGCACUCCAAUGCCGCGGCGAGGGGACCCAAGGGCCGACAUCCUGACGUGAAUGGAACCAAAGGGAAAUCGGCUAGGGUGGAUCAAGCAGCGCAAGAGGAGACGUGGAGGAAGGCUGUUCGAGAAGCCUUGCAACUACCCACCGUUCUUCAUACUGGAGACCUACUACCUCUACCACUGCCCGCCCACCCAAUCACCCAUGUUCCACCUCCACCCGCCAAAGUGAGCGCUUGCGAACCCGUCUCCCAGGGUUUGAUACUGCCAUCCACGAGCAUCGUUGUUCUCCAGUCGCAUCGUAGCCACAAGACCUCUCACGUGCUACCACCGGUCAAAGUAACGCCAUCGACGAACGGCUUCGUAGAUGAUGAUGACGCCGACGAUACCUCCAAUGAUACGUUCUACUCGGCUGCCGAAGAUCGAGGCGACUCUCGCAAUGCCUCUCCACCAGAUGAAGAGUCCACAGACAACCUUGAUUCUGAAAUCUCCGACUUGGACGGAGACCUAUCAGACGACUCGGAAGAUAUCAUUUCUCUCAACGCACCAAUGCUUCCGCCACAGUCAUCUGGCGUCUUGUCAUCAUUCACAUCUGCUACUCCAAGACCUGGUAAUUACCGCACCAACGGUAUCGCCACCCCAGGUUCCGUAUUUUCUAGCUUUACCGCCACCACCGCUCGGGGUCCUACGAGCAAGAGUAAGAUAUUCAAAGCACAGGGACUCCUACAAUCCAUCUCCGACGAAUUGGUGCACCCAAAGCCGGGCGCAGAAGACGACGAAGAGGCUCGCGUCUUUGUUGAUAUCAACACCUUGGUCAAAGUUGGAUGCUUUUCUGGUGACUGGGUCAAAGUUGAAGCAACUGAAGAGCCUACUUCACAUCCUCUCUUUGGCCUGUUUUCUGGGAUUGAGGAAGACGAUAGCUCCAACUGGCGGCCUAUGAGAGUCUAUGGCUUGCCAGAAACCAUGUCCAAGAAGAUUGCCAGAUACCCAGUCAACAAGAAUUCAGACAUGGACAGACGAAGUAGCUUCUCAGGCUUUCCGCAAGCUAGCACAUCAUUGCAAGCUUACCUCUCGCCUGUACUACUGGCAAAUCUUGGUAGCCCAAGCCAUCUUCGAAUUACCCCACUAGCUCCACACCAAUCAUCCCAUUUGCCCCGGAGUGCUCUUCAGAAACCCCGGCUGACAAGCUCGUCGCUUCCACCUUCGGCCAAGGAAGUUACACUGUUGAAGCUGUCGACUCCUUUAUCAUCAGACCGACUCUUACAGCCUAGCUUGUUUGCCGCACUGAAAGAACACUUUGAACAAAAAAGACGUAUUGUAAAGGCGGGAGAUCUUAUUGGUGUCUCAGUAGAUGAGUCCUUGGGUCGUGCGGUCUUCCAGAGUUCCACGGAGGAGGAUGCAGCUAACGAUGAGCUACUAUCGGUUGCUAAGAAGGGAUCUACAGAGACCAGCGCGAAUGUCAACAGCCGUAACCCCAAGGUCGUGUCGUGGUUCAAAAUCGGCAAUGUCUCAAGUUCAUCUCAGUCUCCCCGUGACAGCGAGGAAGGCGAUGUCUGGGGCGGCGCAGUGACGGUAGAUGCCAGCAGCACAAAAAUGGAGAUGACCGGAAGUGUGCAGGGUAGGACGCCACCGAUCAACAGCGCCUGGCAGUAUUACCUUGGGGCCAAACGUGCCCCAGUGUCGAGUCAACAGAGGACAAUGACAUUAGAUGAGCUUCCAAAGCCUCACAUCUCUGGACUUCGUAGGCGUCUGCGAGAACUCAUGUCGGUGGCGACUAGCCCCCGCGCCAUACAUCUUGGGCUUCCUCCCAUUGCGGUCCUGAUCACGUCUACACAACGCGGAAUCGGCAAGGCUACACUUGCCACAAAAGCCUGCGAAGAUCUCGGGUUACAUACCUUUGCUAUCGAUGCCUUUGAUAUUGUGACUGAAGGAGGUGCAGGAGGUGGCGACGUCAAGACUGAAGGGUUUCUCAAAGCAAGAGCAGAACGUGCCCUAACUUGCGGUGCAGAGUACACCGCACUGCUGGUAAAACAUGUCGACGCUCUCAAUGCUGACCGCAUGAACACUGCCCUCAAAGAAAUCUUGGCCGAUUUCCGUGUCUUGAUUGCAACAACGACUGAAAUUGACAAGGUACCUGAAGGUAUCCGAGGUCUUUUUACGCACGAGAUCGAAAUGACUGCGCCCGACGAAGGCGAAAGAGAGGGGAUUCUGCGAAGUAUCAUCGAAGACACUGGUAUCAGGCUUUCUCCCGACGCUGAUCUUGGUAACGUUGCCGUGAAGACUGCAGCUUUGGUUGCUGGUGAUCUCGUCGACGUGGUUGACCGAGCUCUUGUUGCAAAGCAAAAUCGUCUGGAAGCCUUGGCCACAUCUGCAAGUAAGGCCUCACCCUCGUCAGAGAAAGUCACGACAAGAGACAUUGAAAUUGCCGGUGGACCUUUUAGCAACAGUCUGACCAAAGCCGACUUUGAUGGCGCCGUGGAUGCAGCCCGCAAAAACUUUGCUGAUGCAAUUGGAGCACCAAAGAUUCCGAACGUUGGUUGGUCGGAUGUCGGUGGUCUCACUCAUGUCAAGGAUGCAGUCAUGGAGACUAUACAGUUACCACUCUCGCGUCCUGAGCUUUUCGCAAAGGGCAUGAAGAAGCGCAGUGGUAUCCUCUUCUAUGGGCCCCCAGGUACCGGAAAGACGCUACUUGCGAAAGCCAUCGCCACAGAGUUCUCGCUCAAUUUCUUCAGUGUCAAAGGACCCGAGCUGCUCAACAUGUACAUUGGUGAGUCUGAAGCGAACGUUCGCCGAGUCUUCCAACGUGCUCGCGAUGCGCGUCCUUGCGUUGUCUUCUUUGAUGAAUUGGACUCGGUCGCCCCUAAGCGUGGUAAUCAAGGUGAUAGUGGAGGCGUGAUGGAUCGUAUCGUCAGUCAGCUGCUGGCUGAACUUGAUGGUAUGAGUGAUGGCGGUGAGGGUGUAUUCGUCAUCGGCGCAACCAACAGACCAGAUUUGCUUGAUCAAGCAUUGCUGCGUCCUGGUCGAUUUGAUAAGAUGCUGUACCUGGGUGUAUCCGAUACGCACGAGAAGCAGCAGACCAUACUGGAAGCUUUGACCAGAAAAUUCACCUUACAUCCGGAACUAUCUCUACAGAGAGUGUCCCAAGGCCUACCGUUUACUUAUACCGGUGCAGACAUGUACGCUCUGUGUUCAGACGCGAUGCUCAAAGCCAUCACGCGGCAAGCGCGCGCAGUAGACGACAAGGUCAGAGCGUACAACGCAUCACAUACCCCCAAAAUCACCAUUGCGUAUUUUUUCGACCACUUAGCCACAGAUGAAGACACAGCAGUCAUGGUCACUGAAGAAGAUUUUAUCGAGGCUCACAAGGAGCUCGUACCCAGCGUUAGCGCUGAUGAGCUGCGACACUAUGAUAGAGUGCGCAAGUCAUUUGAAGGCGCAGGCAAGAAGGAAGAGGACAAGAAGAAGGUCCAAGCAGCUGUACAGCCAUCAUGGGCCGGAAAGGGCAAGGGUAAAGCCGUGGCAGCGGCGCCAGAAGAAGACAUGGUUAUUCGUACACAGAACAUGGAGCUGGACGGAACGGUCAACGGUAGUGGUAGCAGCGGUAAAGGAAAGGGCACGGUGCCGGCUACUGCCAGUCAUGCAGGCAAAAGCAGUGUUGAUAUAGCAGAGGGCGGGUUUGGCGAUGCCACGCAGGACGACGAUCUGUAUUCUUGA